UCUAAAGCAAUCUGUAAGGACCUGACCUUAGUCCAUCCAGAUCAAUAGGGAAGUGCGGGUGGAGAGAAGGAGAAGAAGAACCAGGGCGACACCGGAUCGUUUACACUGGAAAUAUAGACUUUCCUCUCCUGCACCUUUUUUCUUGCUCCAACAAAACACACAAAAAAGUGGAUAUCGAGGCAAAUCUCUUGCUUUGUGAGCUCAGAGAAGACUUUUCCUCUCCCCCUUUCCUGCCACCAUGUCUUUCCCGCAGCUGGGAUAUCAGUACAUCCGACCGAUAUACCCUCCGGAGCGGCAGGGGAUCGCCGGCAAUGCCCGGGCCGGGACGGAGCUGAGUCCGUCCGGCGCGCUCUCCAACGUGCUCUCCUCCAUGUACGGAUCUCCGUUCGCCGCAGCCGCGCAGGGAUACGGAGCCUUCCUGCCCUACUCCAACGACAUUUCUUUAUUCAAUCAACUGGGAGCUCAGUACGAGCUGAAGGACAGUCCCGGGGUCCAACAUCCAGGGUUCGCCCACCAUCACCCUGCUUUUUACCCAUAUGGCCAGUAUCAGUUCGGUGACCCGUCCAGACCCAAAAAUGCCACCAGGGAAAGCACCAGCACCCUGAAGGCCUGGCUCAGCGAGCACCGCAAGAACCCCUACCCCACCAAAGGUGAGAAGAUCAUGCUGGCCAUCAUCACCAAAAUGACCCUGACCCAGGUGUCCACCUGGUUCGCCAACGCCAGGAGGAGGCUAAAGAAGGAGAACAAGAUGACCUGGACCCCCCGGAACCGCACCGACGAAGAGGGCAACGUGUACCCCAGCGACCAUGAGGGGGAGGAGGGGGACAAGAGGGAGGACGAGGAGGAGAUAGACCUGGAGAACAUCGACACGGAGAAUAUCGAGAACAAGGACGACUUGGACGAUCAGGACGAUUUGAAACUUGACGGUAGAAGCGAUUCGGAGAUUUCAGACGGCUAUGAGGAUUUACACGGGCCGGAGCCGAGGUUUGCGGGGAAAGAGGGCAAAGAGCUGGACAGAAGAGCAGGGCCAGGAGGCGAGCACUUCCAUCACAUCCACCACCACUCCUCUUUGGACCUGAAAGCGGCGCAGGACUCGCUCAAACUCAACCCCGCGUCUGUCAACUCACCACCGUCAGAGAACAACCCGGUGCCCAAGCCCAAAAUCUGGUCGUUAGCGGAGACAGCCACGGCACCGGACAAUCCCCGCAAAUCCCCGCAGAUGAACAACUCCAGCAUCAUCGCCCCGCACAGACUCAUCUCCUCCUGUCCCGUUGGGAAAAUCCAAAGCUGGACGAACCGAGCUUUCUCGGCGCACCAGCUGGCUUUACUGAACUCGAACCACUAUCUGGGACUGGCGAACCAGGCCACUGCCACCAGCUUGGCCCUGUACAGCAGCAGCAGGCAAGCGGAUGACAAGAGUUCAGAGAGUCCAGUCACAGGUACAAACCCACGACACUGAGACCCGCAUGUAGACAUCAAGAAUAAACAAAAAAAAGACACUCUCCAUCAUCCAUUUCUGUUAUUUUUGAACUCCUCUGCUUGCAAAUGAAGAGUAUUGCUGCGAUGCGUGUGUGACAGUGUGUGUGUGUGUGUGGCUUUGAAGGAUGACCGAUCAAACCAGAAAGCAUUUAAAGUAUUUAAAUUUUAUUUCCCUUCUUCUUUGUCUUUCCUUUCUAUUCGUGUCGCUCACAAAGCCCUGGUUCGACUUUAAUGGUCAUAAUUUACUUAAUGAUAACGCUUUUUUUGGCUGUUUUUAAUUAGGAACUUUUAGUGCCUUGAAUGCAGAGAAUAACAAGAAGCAUUUCAUAAUACUGAAUUAAAUGGAUAGAUUGGAUUUUUCUCACGUCUCGUCAAGGCAACGUGAACCCAAAGCAACUUUGUAUUCGCCAGGCCCUUUCCGCUUAUUUUUAUUUCAACACGGAAUGUAAAAUAAAACAAAAAAAAAUCUCUGUAUAUUGUAAAAGCAUGUCCUGUGUAAAACUGUAAUAAUGUAUGAACCUGUAGUUUGUGAGUUAUUUUUUUCCCUCCUCCUUUUUUUUAAUUUUUAUUAUUAAAAUGUAAGUUCUGUGAUGUUUUUUUGUAUAUAAGUUCAGAAUAUGUACAUACUUGUGAACCAAAAUUG